UGUCCAGCAUCAUGUGUCAAAGCACAUGCUUAAGUCAAGAACCAAAACAUUAAAAAUGGUUUCAAGAAACCUGUACGAGUUUUUCCGCUUGCGACAAAUUUGCCAGUACCAAACAAUUUCAGCAUCAGCCCUCUACCGUCCGAACCGUGGACAGUACUAUAAUUCCUGCCAGCGGCUAAUCAAAGUUUGGGAGGACCCCUCGAAGUGGGGCCGGUCGUACUGCUCCUCCACAAAAUUCCUUCAAUGCCGGCAAGUUAAGUUCUUCUCUACUGUUGCAGGGAAAGGCCCUGGCGAACAACAGCAAAGCACGGCAACGCCGCAAUUGCUAUCGAAACUAUUUCCCCAGACUGCAGUCGAAGGGACCGAGAAUGAGAAGCAGCAGGAAAAGCAACGCAAAGAGGAGGAGGAAGAGAAAGAAUCAUCUUGGAAGCGGAUGAAGUUUGGUUUCGUUUUCUUUGGCUUUUCUGUUUCCGCGUUCUGUGUGUACAUGGUGUGGGUGUUUGGGGCACCGGACCGCGAUGCGGAAGGAAACAUAAUUAUGGACGAGUUCAUGGAACUGCCCACGUUCCAGCAAUACUUCCGCCGGUUGUGGAAAUCGAUGACCUACUACCAAAAAAUGAUCCAAGAACCUUCGCGCGAAAAGCUGUUGCCGGAUCCGCUAAAGUAUCCGUACGUGCAGCCACCAUACACGUUGGUGCUCGAGAUGAAAGAUGUGCUGGUGCAUCCCGACUGGACAUACCAAACUGGGUGGCGUUUUAAGAAGCGCCCCGGGGUCGAUAAGUUCUUGGAGACUUUGGCCGCCAAUUACGAGAUUGUAGUAUUCACUGCCGAUCAGGGGAUGACCGUAUUCCCCAUAUUAGAUGCGCUAGAUCCACGGGGUUUCAUUAUGUACCGUUUGGUGCGUGAUGCGACACACUUUGUCGAUGGCCAUCAUGUGAAAAAUUUGGACAACCUUAACCGGGAUCUAAGCAAGGUGAUUGUCGUCGAUUGGGAUCCAAACUCGACAAAGCUGCACCCGGAAAAUACGCUCAACAUACCACGCUGGACUGGCAACGACGAUGAUGCCGGUUUGUUCGAUCUGAUGGCAAUGCUCGUUACGAUCGCCACCAGUGAAGUCGAAGACGUGCGCGAGGUGAUGACAUAUUAUAAAUCUUUUGAAAAUCCGCUUGUAAAAUUCCGUGAAAAUCAGCGUUUACUAGCGGAGCAGAUGGCCGAACGAGAGCACGAGGAAAAGCAACGAAAUCUGCCGGCAGUGCAGCGAUGGAGACCCAGCUUUCUCGGCGGUGGACGCUAAACACGGCGCGUACUGCGAAUAAAUGUCAUAUUGCCAUAGCAUGUCACAUUUCCCGUUGCAAAAAGACUCGAACGAGUGAUUGCUUUUAUUAAAGUUCAACAUAAACACUCACA